UAGAGGCGGUUCGGCAGCUUGUAUCUCUCUCUGAGUCAGUCACACAGCACACGGACACCUCUCACGGCACUCACCGCUAGCAUGGCCUCACAAACAACCCCUGUUGCUCCCUCACUCCAGCGAGGCAUCGUCAAGACGGUGCUUUCAGGAUGUGCCAUCAUUGUACGAGGUCAACCGCGCGGAGGGCCCCCACCAGAGCGACAGAUCAACCUCAGCAAUGUCCGUGCUGGAGCACUUGCCCGUCGUGCUGUUGCCGCCCAGCCGGACUCUAAGGAUACUCCUGAUGAGAAUGGGAACAUCACAGAACUGCUUCUGAAGGAAGGGUUUGCCCGCUGUGUAGACUGGUCUAUCGCUGUGUAUACCCAGGGGUCAGAGAAGCUGCGGGCUGCAGAGCGGUUUGCUAAGGAGCACAAAGUAAGGAUCUGGAAAGAUUAUGUUGCACCCACAGCCAAUCUGGACCAAAAGGACAAGCUAUUUGUCGCAAAGGUGGUGCAGGUGUUAAAUGCCGAUGCAAUGGUGGUGAAGCUGAACUCUGGAGAAUACAAAACCAUCCAUCUAUCAAGCAUCAGACCGCCCAGGCUGGAAGAGGGGGCUCAGGACAAGAACAAGAAGCUGCGUCCUCUCUACGAUAUUCCAUAUAUGUUUGAGGCCAGAGAAUUUCUCCGCAAGAAACUAAUUGGAAAGAGGGUUAAUGUGAAUGUAGAUUACAUCCGUGCCGCAAGUACAGCUACAGAAAGUGCCCCAGCAUUCCCAGAGCGCACCUGUGCCACCGUGUCCAUCGGCGGAAUAAACAUUGCAGAAGCUCUGGUGAGCAAAGGCUUGGCCACAGUGAUUCGCUACAGGCAGGAUGACGACCAGCGAUCAUCUCAUUAUGAUGAGCUUCUGGCGGCAGAAUCAAGGGCAAUCAAGAACGCUAAAGGCCUGCACAGCAAGAAAGAGGUUCCAAUCCACAGAGUGGCCGACAUCUCUGGAGACACACAGAAGGCAAAACAAUUCUUGCCCUUUCUACAAAGAGCCGGUCGCUCGGAAGCCAUAGUAGAAUACGUGUUCAGCGGGUCCAGACUUAAGCUUUACAUGCCAAAGGAAACCUGUCUCAUCACCUUCCUAUUAGCAGGUAUUGAAUGUCCGAGAGGAGCCAGGAAUGUGCCAGGUGGCACUCAGGAGAGAGAGCCUUACAGUGAGGAAGCUACUGUGUUCACAAAAGAGCUCGUGCUACAGAGAGAGGUGGAGGUGGAGGUGGAAGCGAUGGACAAGGCUGGAAACUUCAUUGGUUGGCUUCAUGUUGAUGGAAUUAACUUGUCUGUGUCUCUUGUGGAACAUGCUCUGUCUAAGGUCCACUUCACAGCUGAGCGCAGCAACUACUAUAAGACUCUUCUGUCUGCUGAAGAUGGCCCCAAACAAAGGAAAGAGAAGGUCUGGGCCGCGUUUGAAGAGAAACCACUGGAGGAGAUAGUGACGGUGGUGGAGGAGAAGGAACGAAAUGUUCAUUAUAAGCCUGUACUGGUGACAGAGAUCAUGGACAAUCUGCACUUCUAUGUCCAGGACGUGGAGACAGGUACUCAGCUAGAGAAACUGAUGGAGGGCAUGAGGAGUGAGAUCGCUAGCAGCCCGCCACUGGAGGGAUCGUUCUCGCCGCGCCGUGGGGAUUACUGUAUAGCCAAGUUUAUAGAUGGUGAAUGGUAUCGUGCACGGGUGGAAAAGGUGGACUCUCCUUCAAAGAUCCAUGUUUUCUACAUAGAUUAUGGAAAUAGAGAAGUCCUGGCAUCCACGCGUUUGGGCCCUCUCCCCCCUUCUUUCAGUAUUCGCACCCUUCCUGCUCAAGCCAUAGAGUAUUGUUUUGCCUUCAUCCAGGUGCCUCAAGAUGAGGAUGCCCGAACUGAUGUUGUGGACAGUGUAGUGCGUGACAUCCAGAACACACAAUGUCUACUAAAUAUAGAGCACGCUGGUGCUGGUUGCUCUCACGUCACCCUACAGUUUGCAGACUCUAAGGAUGAUGUGGGCUUAGGGCUGGUGAAGGAAGGACUAGUGAUGGUUGAAGUUCGUAAGGAGAAACAGUUCCAGAAAGUGAUUGCAGAAUACAUAAGUGCACAGGAGGCAGCUAAGGCAGCGCGGUUGAACCUGUGGCGUUAUGGAGAUUUCCGUGCAGAUGAUGCUGAUGAAUUUGGCUACAACCGCUAAGCAACAAUGCGCCAUUCCAAAGAUGACAGAGACCCCUCAAUCCACCUCAGUCACCCUCCCCACCCCUCACCUGUCCUGCUUUACCCACCUUCUCUACCAUGUCCUGUCCAUCCAUAAAGGACCCUCUCACUGCAGCCUAGAGAGAGACGUGCGGCGGCAUUCCGGCCGUGUAACAUAUGAGCUUGUUACCUUUAACAGGGUUAAUACUGGACAAUAAAGCAAAACUAUUUUAGCUUUCAUUCUAAUUUUCAUGAGAGUUUACACCAAGGUAAUUCAACUGAUAUCUGCUCAUUUUUUUAAGAAGAUUCAUAUCUUGGCAAUUGUUUUUUUUUUUAUGCCUCUCCCUGUGCUUCAGUCCUGUGUCUCUAGAAAUUAUGUCCUAACGGUUAGUUUUCUUGAUUUUAUCUGUCCAGUUGUUUCAAUCCACAUUAUCAUGAAUUCUUAUUUUCCCCCUUUCCUACGUCCAGGGUCAUACGUUUUGUCUUGUGUAUUUAAUGGCUCAAUAAAUUUUUGUUCUGA